AGGCGAAUCCCGUUUUUAGGCUAGGUACUAUCUAUAUUGGAUAUCAUUGUUAUAAAUGGCUCUACGCAGGAUAUCUAUUCCAUCAGUUUGUAGGCUUUAUUCUUGUGCAUCUUUUAGGUAUCUCCAAAAAUGUUACAGCACAGAUGACCAGAAUUUCAAAAUAUAUACAAAAACUGGCGACAAAGGCACAUCUGCUACUCUGCUUGGUGACCGCAGGCCGAAGGACGACGACAUUUUCAAUGCUGUUGGUACUACUGAUGAGCUGUCGUCGGCAAUUGGCUUGGCUAAGGAAUUUGCAGAAGAUAACUGUCAUUUAUUUGUGAGUCAGUUGGAAGAGAUUCAAUGUGCCCUGCAAGAUAUUGGGUCAAAUAUUGCAGCUCCAAGACAAAUGGCAUCUGAUAACCAAUUAAGAAGUACAGCAUUUGAGGGUUCAAGGGUUGAACUACUAGAAGAAUGGAUUGAUGAACACACGGACAAGCUACCGCCAUUGAAGAAUUUCAUUUUACCCUCUGGAGGGAAGACGAGUUCCUCUCUACACAUUGCCCGUUCCGUUUGCAGGCGAGCAGAACGCAGUGUUGUUCCAUUGGUGAGAGAAGGCAAUGUAGAUGAUACGGUUGGUAGAUAUCUCAACAGACUGAGUGAUUAUUUAUUCACUGUUGCGCGACUGGCUGCCAAAGAUGAAGGGAAAGUUGAGACGAUCUACCGAAGACCAAGAAAACGGAGAAACCCCAAAAAAUGAUUGAUGGAUUCUCAUAAAAUGCAAGGCCAAUGGGUAUUACCUCGGUACCUUUGCUAGGCCCAUGCUAGGUCUAACAAUCGGGAUAGAAUAGGUCCAAGCCAACCAUAUCUGUUGUUGCAGGAUUAGCAGAAUGUUUACACAAUCAUUUUUAAAAUGGAAAACCUCAUUAUAUUGUAUUUACAGUAUUCUGUUUUUAGUGAUACACAGGUCUUGGUGCUAGGGAAAUGUAUUUUGACCUGCUGCUAGAUAGAGAGUUAGUUCAGUUGGUUAAACUGGUUAAAACCCAGUACAUUCUUCGGAAAGAGUGGAUUUUUUCUCCCAGUGUAGGCCUACUGCCCUAUUCACCCACCAGAAGUACCCCACCGGAAAUAUGUCUUCGGACUUUGUGGAUUAUUCUUUGUGUGAUAAUGUGUAUGCACAUAAUUAUUGUGCAAAUUCAACAUCCAGUAUGCUGGUAAUUGGAUGGUCAGUCCCACAUGAUUUAUGUGUGUACCUCUAUAGGGAAUGGGUCAAUUUUACGACUGCAAUGUCACUAAAAAGAAAUUUAUUCAGUUUAAUAAAUUAUAAUUAUUUUUAUUUGAGUUGAUUUCAUAUAUUUAUCUUGUCGUACAAUUGAACCUGGACCCACAAUGAAUGUUAUCACAAAACAUUCUCCAAAGACAUUUCAUUUUUAUCAGAUUUGGACAAAACAAUGGGCUCCAUAAUCCAAACUUGCUGACAGUAAUUUCACAUAGGCCUAUCUCUUUAGUUAAUUCAUGAUAUUUACAAUUAUUGCCGGUAUUCUCACAGAGAAGCAAAAUUUAACACAAAAUCUUGCAAUGUCUUCUUUCAUUUUACAUAACCCUACUUUUUUCAUUCGUUUAUUCGUGGUAGAUUGCAUUAACUUAGCUUAGACAAGUUUGUUUAGCUUUGAAAAAAAUUAUGCACAAUUCGCCAUCGUAAUGUAGGCCUAUUCUGUGAUGAUUACAUGAUCGUGGGCCUAUCACAUUACAUCGCCCAGAUUGCAUACUAGAUAGAAUGCUGUUUUGCAACCAUUUUGAAUCUACCCAGCGGCGUACUGUAUAUGAGGGUUUGCGCGGGGUGCGAAAAAAGGCUCGCCCCCGUUGCCCACUUUCCAUUGGAAAUUUUCGAACAUCAAUUUGUUCAAGAAGUAGUUGAAAAUCACCUCAUAUCACAUUUGCCAGCUAUGGACCCCUCAAUUAAUCAAUGAACGCUUCACCUUCACAUCCCUAUCGGCCCCCACCCCCAUGACUCUUAGAUACGCCUCUGACUGUGACGCAUGAGUACCUUACGAGUACGCACAAAAAAAAAGUGAUAACCAAUUGAAAUUUCUUCCCACAAGACAACUCAGUAUUUUAUUAAGCUAGUUGAAAAAAGUGCGUGACUGAAAAAUUAUACCGUAUUGUAAUCCCCUUCUUCAGUAAACUAACCGACUGUCAUAUCACGACAUGUUGUAGUCAAUCAGAAAAAAUUGGUUGUACACAAUUUCAAUUUUAAUACUACAGCAUACUAUUAAUAUUUUUAACAGUAGGCCUAUUGUUACAUCGUUUAUCUUAUUUUUUUUCGCUAUGCGCGCUCUGUGCGUCAUGGACGUUCCCGAGGGUCUGAGAAUUUAUCCUGAAAGCAUUAUCAAAAUUAUUUGGAAUUAAUAAGAUUCAAAUAAAUCAAAAAUCUGUCUGUGUAUGCGUGUUUAUAUGACGAUGUCGACCUCUACAAUAAAGCUAAAAGGAUCCAAGUAUGAAUUAUGCGUUGCUUAACUGAAGCGAUAUUUACCCAAUUAAGCCACAUUAGUUGAACAUGUAACGAUUGCAAAUAUUAUGUUUUGUUUAUUUUUAGAUGGACGGUUUGAUGCAAUAGUACUGUAUAUCGGAUUAAAAGCUUACACAUGAUAUCAAACUA